CCGGCCGGGCCAUGCUCUAACGGCGGCGGCGGCGGGGCCGAGCGGGGCGGCGGGGAGCGGGCCCCCCCCGCGCCCCGUGCCCGCAGCGCUGCCGGGACGGGAGCAUGCGGCUCCUCUUCCUCUGCCUCCUGACUCUCGCUGACUGCUACGGGCAAGCGGCACAGACACGGUUUGUGGAAGAGCCCGAGGACCAGACCGUGGUGGCUGGGCAGAGGAUUGUGCUGUCCUGCGUGGUGCUCAACUACUCUGGGAUCGUGCAAUGGACCAAGGAUGGGCUGGCAUUGGGCAUGGGGCAGGGCCUCAAAGCCUGGCCACGUUACCGCAUCGUGGGCACGGCCGAUUCAGGACAGUACAACCUGGAGAUCAGCGACGCUGAGCUCUCCGACGACGCCGUCUAUGAAUGCCAGGCAACCGAGGCUGCGCUGCGUUCACGCCGGGCCAAACUCACCGUGCUCAUCCCCCCCGAGGACCCCACUAUCGACGGAGCCCCUGAGAUCCUGCUGCGUGCAGGGACCCCCUACAACCUGACGUGCCGGGCACGCAGCGCCAAACCCGCUGCCACCAUCAUCUGGUACCGCGAUGGGCUGCAGCAGGACGGAGCCGUCACCACCACGGAGGUGCUGGCUGAUGGCAAGAGGGAGACGACCACCAGCCUGCUGGCCAUCAACCCCACCGACCUGGACAUCGGACGCGUCUUCUCCUGCCGCAGCACCAACGAUGCCAUCCCUGCUGGGAAGGAAACCUUUGUCAAGCUCAACGUGCAUCAUCCCCCGACUGUCACCCUGUCCAUCCAGCCGCAGACGGUGCAGGAGGGUGAGCGGGUUGUGUUCACCUGCAUGGCCACCGCCAACCCUGAGAUCAAAGGCUACAGGUGGGCCAAGGGGGGGGUGAUCAUUGAGGAUGCCAAGGAGAACAGGUACGACACGCAGGUGGACUACACCUUCUUCACUGAGCCCGUCUCCUGCGAGGUGCACAACGACAUCGGCAGCACCAACGUCAGCACGCUGGUGGACGUGCACUUCGCCCCUCGCAUCAUGGUGGCCCCCAAACCCACCGUCACCGACAUCGGCUCUGAUGUGACGCUGACCUGCAUGUGGUCCGGCAACCCCCCGCUGACCCUCACCUGGACCAAGAAGGAGUCCAACAUGGUGCUGAGCAACAGCAACCAGCUGUACCUGAAGUCGGUGACGCAGGCGGACGCAGGGCAGUACAUCUGCAAAGCCAUCGUGCCCCGCAUCGGCGUGGGCGAGCGUGAGGUCACUCUCUAUGUCAAUGGGCCCCCCAUCAUCUCCAGUGAGGUGGUGCAGUACGCGGCACGCGGAGACCGUGGCAAAGUAGAGUGCUUCAUUGGCAGCACGCCACCCCCGGACCGCAUCGCCUGGGCUUGGAAGGAGAACAUUUUGGAGGCAGGGACACUGGAGCGCUACACGGUGGAGAGGACCACGAUGGGCAGCGGGGUGCUGUCCACCCUCACCAUCAACAAUGUGAUGGAGGCCGACUUCCAGACCCAUUACAACUGCACCGCCUGGAACAGCUUCGGACCAGGCACCGCCAUCAUUCAGCUGGAGGAGAAAGAGGUCCUGCCUGUCGGCAUCAUCGCCGGGGCCACCAUUGGGGCCAGCAUCCUUGUCAUCAGCUUCCUCGUGGCACUCGCCUGCUUCCUCUACCGGCGUCGGAAAGGAAGUCGGAAGGAUGUCACCCUGCGCAAGCUGGACAUCAAGGUGGAGACGGUGAACAGGGAACCGCUGACUUUGCAUGCUGACAGGGAGGAGGAUACAGCCAGCGUCUCCACUGCCACCCGUGUCAUGAAGGCCAUCUACUCGUCGUUCAAGGAUGACGUGGACUUGAAGCAGGACCUGCGCUGUGACACCAUCGACACCCGCGAGGAGUACGAGCUGAAGGACCCAACCAAUGGCUACUACAACGUCCGUGCCCACGAGGACCGCCCGGCCUCCCGCACUGUGCUCUAUGCUGAUUACCGUGCUCCAGGACCGGCCCGUUACGACGCACGCCCGCCCUCACGACUGUCCCACUCCAGUGGCUACGCACAGCUCAACACCUACAGCCGUGGCCCUGCAUCUGAGUACAGCGCAGAGGCAGCAGCGAGCACUGGGGCCCCUCCGGGCACAGCAGGUGGUGAAACAGCCAGCCAGCUCUCCUAUGAGAACUACGGGGGGCACGCUGCCUUCCCAGCCGGCGGUGGCUACGGGGGGUACCGGCUGGGCUACGGGCAGCCCACCAGCCUGGAGAGGGCACCCUACGAUGCCUACGACCCCAUGGGCAAAUACGCCAGUGCCACCCGCUUCUCCUACACCUCCCAGCACUCGGACUACGGGCAGCGCUUCCAGCAGCGGAUGCAGACACACGUUUAGGGUGGGCGGAGGGUGGUGGGUGAUGGGGUCUUGGUGACCGUCCCCUGAUAUUCAGGGGCACAUCAUGACCCCCUCGCUCCACUCCUGCUUGUGCUGGGUCCCUUCUCUUCGAGCUUCCACUCCCCACUGGGAUAUUGGUCGUCUUUGCGGUACCUUUCCAAAGGAAUCUGGGGUGUCCUCCUCUGCUGGACCCCCCAGACUCCUCCCUGCCUCAGCUGGGGGGGCCCUGGAGCCCUCCAAAUGGGGGCAUGGCCCCACCAGCACCGCCCAUCGUAUGGCACAUGGGAGAUGCUCUGUGUGCAUAUACAUCAGUAUGCACACAGAGGUGCUGUGCCUGGCUUCCGUUUUCUCCCUAAAACGCCCCAUCCCAGCCUGUUGCCAUUCCCUGUGCCUUGACUCUGGGGACACCCCACGCUCAGGGUUGGCUCCCUUCCGUCCAUCUGUCCGUCCAUCCCGGUACAGCGAGCUCAGCGGAGCCCCCAUACGCACAGCCACAGCCAUGGGACGGGAGCCCUCUGUGAAUGUAUAUACAGGUGUAUUGGAGAGCAGGGCUGGGCUCACCCCUGGAGAGGGGUUUUUGGUCCCCAGAUGGGCACUGGGGUCAGCGGGGACCUCAAUUUCUGCUCAGAGCAAGGAUUGAGGCUGCAGAUGAGUGCGGUGGUUACAAUAUGAGUGUGGAGGCACAGCGCUGGGAUGGGGGUGCAUCCCUGUGAACCCUUGCGAUUAGGUACGAAGCUCCCUCACCACCUGCCUGGCUCUGGCAAAGGGAGGGGGCGAGCUCAGUGGCCCCUGUCCUGCAGAACUUCCAUCUCCUCCUCCUCCUCCUCCUCCUUCUUCUCCUCCUCCUUGCUGCCCCGUGGCACGCAGGUACGAUAUGGCCGCAGGACGGUUUGGGAAGGGGCACGGCUGGGGGUCCCCUACCCCUCCUGUCCCCACUGGGUUUAACCAUGACCCCAAAGGUACUGUCAGGACGGUACUGAGCCCAACCCAGCCUGAGCCCCCACCCCGGCUGGACCAUGUGCCAUUUCUCGCAAUGGUGCCUGAUGUAACCCCGGCUGUCGCCCCAAAUGCUGCACCCCACUAUAGCAAUAGCACCCCGGCAGCAUCCCACCCCGAAGCCAAGCUGAAGCUUUAAACACUCCCCAGGGUGGGGGAGUGGGAACAGGACUCCCCCCCCCCCCCCCCCCCCCGGCCCAAAGGGAGCCCUGGGACAGGCAGCAGCGGCCGGAGCAUGGGGGCAAGCAGGUUCCCUUCCAGCACAGGCUGUUGUA